CCGCCUCUCUCUCUCUCUCUCUCUCGGCCGACAAUGGCGCGUCCACAAAGUGAGAACUCUGGUUGCUUCUCCGCCCUCCUGCGUCACCUCCUCUGCAGCGGCGGCGCUCCGACCCACCCCUCCGACGACGCCCUCGUCGCCGAACCGAGCUCCAAGCGCACCACUGUCCCCAACCCGAUCCUCAUCAUGGAGUCGCCCAAGCGCGACCCCGUCAGGACCCACUGGCCGUCGCAGAAGCCGGCGGGAGUCGUCGCUAGGCUUAUGGGGCUGGAGUCCCUGCCGGACACCAAGUGGGUCCCAAGGGCCAAGUCCCCCGACGCGUUCCUCCGGAGCAGGUCGGUCAAUUUCAUGGACUACUUGCUCGAGCUCGACCUGGACGAAGCCGGCCGUAACCAGCACCGGAGGGUCAGGACGUCGGUGUCGUUCCGUGAAGUGCCCGCUUCGUCAGCGGAUCGUGAAGAGAGCGAGGAUCUGAUUGUUCUGUACUUGGGUGAUGAGGAGGGUCUGGGGAAGAGCAACAAGAAGAAGGGUAAAAGCAGAGGAAAGAGGAAAGAGAAGACGGCGACGACAACACCGACGAAGAAGAAGAUGGAGAGCGAGCGCCAGGAAUGUAAGCAGAGGAAGGUGUCGAGACUGAGGGACGAGCCGAGACGGGACAAAGCCAGCCGAGGCGAUCGGGGGGGACAGCACUGUGCAGAGCUGAAACCGAAGGCGAGGAAGCCAUUGACGGCGGUGGAAGAGAAGGAAGCUUCGGCGGACGAUCAGGAAUUCGUGAGCGGAGGAAGGAGGGAUAAGCGGGUCGCGACUGCCGGCGGAGAGACUUCGUCGAGCCCGGUUUGGGUCGUUGAUCAACCGCAAGCAGGUCGUCUUCAAGAGGACAAGACCGACAGACAUUUCAGCUCUCCCCAACUCGCGCACAUCAUUUUAGAUCCGUUCGUCCGUGACCAGAAACCGUGCAACGAUCCGGUGGACCGUUUUUUGGGGGCCGAUCGCUUCGCCGAGGAGGUCAUUAAGGUGAGGAAAUUGGCUGAAGAAGAAGUACAUUGCUCGAAAUGGUUCGGAGUUGGGGAAUUAUCAUCGUCCCUCGGGUCCGCAGAUCUUAAAGAUCUGAGUGCGAUGCUCGAGCACCACGUCCUGGACCAUCUGGUGGAGGAAAUCGUGAGGCUCCAUUGAAGGAGAAGGUCGUCGUUGUACGGUUCGAGAAACAGUUGACCGGGGAGAGAGAGAAGGAGUCGGUCCGUGCCACGUACAUGUCCUGGUUUACUUCACUUUUAGUCCCUGUACUUUUAGGACCGGUGACCUUGAGAUGGGCAAUCGGCUAGCUAGAGCGGGUCAAUAGUUGAUGCACCGGCAAAACUCGUCUCGCUAGUGUCUAGACGAUUGUCAAAGUCGCGACUUCAUGUAAAAAUUAUCCAUUUGGGUUCG